AUGGAAAAAACAUGCCUACUUCUAUUGCUUUGCUUUAUUCUUAUGCCAAUGACUCAAGGGGUUGAAUUUGGACCCAAAGCUGUUGAAAAAUGGUUCAAGAAGCUUCCUCAUGCAAAACAAAAGGUAACUAAAUUUCAUUUUUACUUUCAUGACAUAGUUAGUGGGAAAAAUCCAAGUGCAGUUCCAAUAAUCCAGUCCACAUCCCCAAUUUUUUUUGGGUAUGUUGCAAUGAUAGACGAUCCAUUAACAGUUGGACUUGAGCCCGACUCGACUAUAGUGGGUCGAGCCCAAGGGAUUUAUGGCGGAGCUGAUCAAAAUGAAUUCCACGGGGCCCUUCUCAUGACUCUCAACUUCGUGUUCACAACUGGAAAGUAUAAUGGUAGCACGUUAAGUGUACUUGGCAGGAACCCAGCACUUCAUAAGUAUCGUGAGAUGCCUAUCGUUGGUGGUUCGGGAGUUUUUCGAUUGGCUAAGGGAAUCGCCACCGCGAAAACCUCUUGGCUGAAUUCUACCGGUGCUGUUGUUGAGUACAAUGUUAUAGUCCAGCAUUAUGACAUUUGA